UUAAGGAAAUCUUGGAAGAGCAUCUUCAGAGGACUGAAAUAUACUGAAAAUUCAUUAACAGAGAAAGAAGAUAAUUUUUUACGGAUGUUUCGAUUGAUGAGUAAUGUUGCACCUAAAGCAGUUCGAGAUAAGUUCAACCAUUAUUACAAUCCACUAGCACUAUCGGCUACUCUUGCAAGAGACAAAGCUUUGAUUACCAGCCGCCUUUUAAAUUGCCGUAUCAUCAAUAAGAAGCAAAUGGAUCUACUAUAUCCAACAUCAGGAAUAACAUCAUCUGAAAAUUACGAUAUUACACUAAUGAUAUGCUUAUUAAGAAACAUGACAACUAUUGUUCCACCUUUACAUGGAUAUGACAAACUACCACCGGUCACUGAAGUAAGUGAUGGAGCCGACUUAGCCAGGAUAAAAUACUACAGAAAUGUACUGGCUCAUACAGACAAUGGUCAAUUAUCAAAUGAACACUUUAACACGAUGUGGAUUUGUGUAUCUGAGGCAAUCAUAAGUCUUGGUGGAAUGACAUACAAGCCGAAAUGUGAGGAAUUGAGCCAGAUAAAUCUUAACAAAGAUAUUCUUACUUACAUUCGUCAAGAUUUGAGUGAAUUCCGCGAAGAAAUCUAUGACCAAAUAGAAACAUUAAAAAAGCAGACAGUUAGCAAUAAAACAUCCGUAACUUUACUUCAAGCCCAGACAUCAAAUAUUCACAGUGAAUUUAGUAUUCAAGGUAAUAUUUGUCCUACUUUGAAAAUGAUUGCAUUAAUUGUACUGACAGCACUAUAUUGCUUGUAA